AUGAAACUAUUGAUAAAGCUUAUCAAGACCAGAUUAGAAAAGAGAAAGAACAUGCAAAUAAGUGUUGCUAUUAGUGAGGUAAAAGGUCUAAUUGCUUGGCUAGAUAGAUUUAGAGAAAAUGGCUUCAAGGAAGCAAUCAUUACCACUAAGGAAAUUGCUGAUACCUUAAAUGUUGCUCAAGUUUUUCCAGAAAAGCAUAUAAUUCAUAGUAAGAAAUUUUUUGAUGAAAGAGCCGAUGAGCCAUUACCAUCAUCUUCUGGUGAAGAAUAUUUUAGAGUGCAUUAUUUCUUAUUCCUUGUGGACCCGGCUAAGGGAUCAUUGCAGAGAAGGUUUGAACAAUAUCAACAAUAUGAUGAUAUCUUUGGAUUUUUAUUUACUUCAGAAACUUUGGAUUCCUUAGAUAAUAUUGAUUUAAGAGCUGCUUGCAUUCAUCUUGAGGAUGUUUUGAGACAUGGAGAGAGUUCAGAUAUUGAUGGGGAAGACUUGUUCAGAGAGUUGAAACUUUUGAGGGAAAUAUUACCUAGAGUAAGGAUGACAGCUUGUGAUAUAUUGAAUUUCUUACAAGAGAGGAAUACUUUCCCGGUGAUUAGACUUGCAUAUCGAAUAUUGUUAACUAUUCCUGUUACUGUUGCUUCAGCUGAGAGAAGUUUUUCCAAGUUAAAGCUAUUAAAGUCUUAUUUGCGAUCAACUAUGUCACAAGAAAGAUUAAAUGGACUUGCUUUGAUUUCGAUUGAGAAUAAUUAUCUUGGGAAAAUCAAUUGUGAUAAACUGAUUGAUGAUUUUGCUGCUAAGAAGGCAAGGAGAUGGAUUUUCAAAUGA